AUGUUCGGGCUAGCUCCUACCGACCCCGCCUUCACCUUCAACGAAGCAGCCGUCGUGUAUCCCCAACAGCACCAGCACCAGCAAUUCCCUCUUUCUCCUACCCAGAGAAUGGCUGAGAUUCCAACCCUCCAACCUCCCGUUUUUGGGAAUGAGAUGUCGUCACCGGCGGCCGCGGGGGGGUUCCAGAGGCCUAUGGCUACGCCAUCACCGAAGAGUACGUCACAGCAAAGUAUCCAAACAACCACAGCACGGACCUCAUUCUCCGGACCUUCGAGUGAGCUUCGUCAUAGUCAUUCAGAGCAGUAUCGGUUGAGUGGGAUUCUUGGUGCGCCGGCGCUCGAAACGGAGCCACAUAUCACUGUCGACAACAACUUGUUGCUUGAGUUGUUGGGGAUGAAGGACCAGGUUAUGCGACAAGCUGAGGCAAUUGAGGGGAUGAAGCGGGAAAAGGCGAUGUUGUUGCAGGGAGAGGGGUUGGAGAGUGUCAUCACAAGGUUCAACAAAUGUCUCUGGUUCCUCGAAAACUCCCGUCGUCAAACGGUUGAAACAAUCAAGACUGUUUCCAGCGAGCUUCAAUCUCUCCAAGCAGCCGUCGAAGCCGCCAAUAAGCUCCGUGCCGAAGUCUUGCAACGUCAGGAUUCUUUCAUCAAGUCUCAGGAAGACCGUAUGGACCAGCAAGAGAAGCGUCUCCUCGCGCUUGAAGAAACCGUGAGAAAUGGGUGUGGGUUGAAACCGGAAAGUGUCAACAAGCAAUGUGGCGACGCACAAACACAAAACAAUUGCUGUCCAGAGCCUCAAAAGACAAACUCACCCAAAGACUCACCGCAGGGAAGGACACGGUCAGAGCUUCUUAGCCCCACCAACCCUUCUCUCGCGGUCACCGUCUCCCUCCUCCAAGACUCAUCCCGCGAACAGGGACAUUGGAUUGAGACGACAUCCAACCAACUCCAGAACCUUGUUACGCAGAUCAACUCCCGUUUUACCGAACUCCUCAAUUAUGUUAAUCGACGCUUGGACGCAACACAAGCCGCCGUCGCGAUGCAACCAGCGCUGAGCCAGAUGAGUAUGCACAUGGAUAUGGGUCCCGUACCAGCUCCGACGCAAGCUGCUGCUCCAGUACCGGUUCCGGUACCCGGUCAAUGGCAUCGACCGAGUCCCACCGCGAUUGGGAUGAGUACAGCGAUGGCACCCUCGUAUUCGCAAAUGCAACCAUACAACGGAUUCGAGGAGAUGGGAGCAGCUGGUAUGGGUGUGGGCAUGAUGCAGCAACACAUGCAUUCCGCCCAACAACCUUCGCCUACGCAGUACUAUCAUGAAGCACUGGUACCGAUGGCCGCGCCGGCGUUGACACGAACGUUGAGUCAUAGCAGCAUCCCAUCCGCAGCUGUUCGUCGAAUGGACCAGCACCAGCACCAGCAGGGAUCGUAUAUGGAUCCGACGUUGUCGGAGCAGAGUCAUGGCUAUGUUGCGCAUGGGUAUGAUCAGAGUUAUGCGAGUCCUACGUCUGCGACAAUGUCGAAUAUGGGUCCUCAGGCGAUGUUGCCGACGAUGGGUGAAAGUACCAGCACCGCUUCGAUGAAUACGAUGGGAGGGUAUACCGUAAGUGUUUCGAAUCAGAAUCAGCGCCGAGCGAGUAUGCCGAAUUAUAUGGGUCAUCACGAGCCGAUAUCACCCGUUACGCCGAAAGCUCAGGGUCGGAAGCGUGGGAGGGCGGUGACGUUGUUGGGUCAGGGUGACGUGGACGCGCCGAAGAAGUCUCCGGUGAAGAGGGGGAGGAGGCCACAAGCGGAGCAGAGAAGGGGAGCGAGGGAGGAUUUUGAGGAUGAGGAUGGGAGUGGCGAGUUCGUGCCGGACGGUGAGAUGGAGAACUGA